AUAUCCAGCACGCUCCGGACCUUCGAUACGUGAGCCGGCAGGCGUGGCGCAACCUGACCUCCCUCAAGUCCCUGCGAAUAGUGGGCACGGGCCUGCAGGAGCCGCCGGACUUAUCCAGCCUUCAGUCAGAAGACAACAUCAUGCAUAUGAUUGACCUGGAUGGCAAUCAAAUCAAGCUGCUGCCAACAAACGGCCUGAGAGUGACUACCGAUCAACUGUCUCUAGCUAAUAACCAGCUGGAAUCGAUUUCGGCACUGGCUUUCAAUGGCUCCCUCAUCGGCACAAUCCAACUGAACGGAAACCUUCGUCUCAGUCACGUGGACCAGCUGGCGUUCAAAGGUCUCGGCGGACUCCGAAAACUUGACAUGUCGGAUACAGCGCUGACCAGCCUGCCGACCAACGGCCUGGAGGACAUCGAGCAGCUGUUCAUCAAGCGGACCGCGUCGCUGCGCACCUUCCCGUCCGUCUACCACUUUCGCUCCAUCCAGGAGGCGCACCUGACCUACCCGUACCACUGCUGCGCCUUCAACUUCCCCGAUAUACAGGACCCGGAGGAGCACCGCCGAUACCAGGAGUGGGCAGAGAAGCUGCGAAAGCUCACCAACUGCUCCCGGGAGUCUGUGACGCUGUCGGCCGGCGGCGCGGGCGGACCAGCGGUCUCCGGGGGUAUCUUCCACUCGGCGGUCUCCGAGGAGACCAGCCACCUGGUCUGUGACAGUGACCAGACCAGCCGGCUCAGGAGCGUGGUCUGUUCACCCACACCGGACGCCUUCAACCCGUGCGAGGACAUCAUGGGAUACAAGACGCUCAGAGUGGCCGUCUGGCUGGUGGUCGUCACGGCCGUGGUUGGUAACGUCGUCGUGCUGGUGGUGCUCAUCAACCGCAGCUUCAAGCUCACCACGCCCAAGUUCCUGAUGUGCAACCUGGCGUUCGCCGACCUCUGCAUGGGCCUCUACCUGCUCAUCAUCGCUAGCAUGGACGUGCACACGAUUGGUGUCUACUUCAGCUUCGCCAUCGACUGGCAGGAAGGACUGGGCUGUCAGGUGGCCGGCUUUCUGACCGUGUUCGCCUCGGAGCUGUCCGUGUUCACACUGGUCACAAUCACCUGCGAGCGCUGGUACGCCAUCACCAACGCCAUCUAUCUCACCAAGCGACUCCGCAUCACCGGUGCAGUCAGGGUGAUGGCAGUCGGCUGGCUUUACUCGGCAGUCAUGGCGGCCUUCCCAUUGGUCGGCAUCGGCAGCUACAGCAAGACGAGCAUCUGCCUACCCGUGGUGCAGGACGGCCAGGACCAGGCGGGCAUCGCGUUCCUGCUCUUCCUGCUACUGGGUAACUGCCUGGCCUUCCUGCUGAUCUCCUGGUUCUACCUGAGGAUGUACUGCAGCAUAUCCACAGUGGAGCGCGGGCUCGUCAGACCCAACGAUCUCAAGGUUGCUAAGCGGAUGGCUCUCCUAGUGUUCACCGACUUCGCCUGCUGGGCGCCCAUCACAUUCUUCGGCGUCACUGCCAUCAUCGGCUUCCCGCUCAUCAACGUCACCAACUCCAAGAUCCUGCUGGUGUUCUUCUACCCCAUCAACUCGUGCGCCAACCCGUACCUCUACGCCAUCUUCACCAAACAGUUCCGCCAGGAGUUCUUUCUGAUGCUGGGCCGGCGCGGUCUCUGCCGCCGCCAGGCGCUGCGUUUCCGCGCCGCCGGCACCCUCUCGCGGAACGACCUGCUGAAGCUGUCCAACGGCUCGCGCUCGACGCAGCCACGCAGCGGCCAAACGCUGCUCGAGAUGUCGUCGAUGCGCAGCCGGAAGCUGUCGGCAGAGUCGGGCGGCGCGCUGUCCGAGGGUCGCUCGGCGUCCGGCGCCGCGCCCGAGCGCAAGCCCAGCGGCCGGCGCGACUGCCGGCUCAGCCCGGUGCUCGAGGCAUCGCGCACCGCCGAGGCCAGCGUGGCCACUGUGCCGGCGCACCAGACUCUGCUGCCGACUGCGGACCCCAACUCGGCGCCCACCUAGGCCUGUCACUCGGCCGGGAGGGCAGGGUAUUCAGUCAGACUGUGGGAGGGUAUCAGGGGUGUGUUACUGUGGGGUGUGUGCGCGUGUCCGCGUAGUGUUCCUGGCGGGCUGGGCGGACAGCUGGCCGCCUUGCAGUGUGGGUUGGUGUUAUCGAAUUGUGGUGAGCUGUUUGUCGUUUGCCGUGAGUCGCUACACUGUUCCUGAGCCAUAGAAGGCACCAGUGAAGUGGUUGAUGUAUAGCGGUCCUACGGCGCACAUGCUUGUAAUAGUUCAUCGAUCGUAGGGCCAAGAACACUGCACACACGAAAAGACGUCAUCACUUGUGUGAUUUUCAUUCAUGUACGUAUGUAAAUCUCGUCCAUUAUGGUAUAAGUAGUUAUUCGCGGUACGCACGCGAUGGUGAGGAAUACGCCACGCUCUUGUAUUGCACCGCUCAGUCCGGCGAAUAUCUGGCUCCUUGCGGCUCAGUCCGGUGGAUUACGGACUCAGUCCGGCGAAUAUCUGGCUCCGCGCGGCUCAGUCCGGCUCAGUCCGGUAAAUGACUGACUCAGUCCGGUAAACGAGUUAGGUAUAUCUGCAGCUGACAGGUAAUUUGGUGCGAAUGCAACGAAAUCGACCCCUCUUAUAUCCCGGCAGUUGCUGGGGUAUUUCGCCACCCACCGUUUGCUGGGGGGGGGGGGGGGGGCGUUAAACGCCCCCAGCC